AUGGUUGUCAAAGUUGUGGAUGUUGCUUGGGAGUCCCAAGAGAUGUCAAAUGCUUCUGAAGGUAUACAUCAAUUGAUGUUUUCAAGCGCUAGAGCUGAGCUGUGUGAUGAACCAAAUGCAAGGGAAUCUCGUCCUCUUUCGGCUUCAUGUCCAAGUACUUUUAAUGAAAGAGUCAUCAUUUCCUAUGUUUUAAGCAGACAAAGCGAUCUUGAGAAACAGAUAGAAGCCCUUUACUUGACGAAAUCCGAGAUGCCUUACGAGCAAGAGGAGUUGAUCAAUGCUGCUGUUUAUCGCGUGGAUGCACUAGAAGCAUAG